GGCCGGGUCGGGCAUGGCGGGCCGGGCGCGCGGCCUCUACCGCCGCCUGCUGCGGCUGCACCGGGCGCUGCCGCCGGCGCUGCGGGCGCUGGGAGACCGCUACGUGCGCGACGAGUUCCGGCGGCACCGGGCGGUCGGCCCGGCCGAGGCCCAGCGCUUCCUGCGGGAAUGGGAGGACUAUUCAGCAACACUGUGGCAGCAAGUCAGUGAAGAAGGACAACACUCAAGUGAAAAGGCUCGGUUUGGAACUCACCUUUCAGAAGAGAAGCUUAAUCACUUUCGUGGUGAACAGAUUGGACAGCUACAAGAACUGAUGCAGGAAGCUACUAAGCCUAAUAAGCAAUUUAAUAUUUGUAAUGACUCAGAACAGAAGAAUUAAUUUUGGUUUUUUUUUCCUAAAAUGCACAUAAAAGCAGUUCAUGGAGCCUUCUUUUUCAAUUGGAAUAGAAUCUGACUAUUAAAAAUGAAAGAUGAUGAUAAUGAUACAUAGUUCUUUAUUUUACAUCUGACUUGCGGGCAUGCAGGGGGAAAUGUUGAAAUUCCCAUUAUGUUAAUUAUGGCAUGUAUUUGCACUUAGUGGGCCUUAGAAAACUUGCUGAUGCUUAAAGGUUUUCUAACAUUAAAAUUGGCACCCUUUAGAAUAAACUGUUUCAUGGCCUCAUGCUUGGUUUUUGGGUUUUAGUCUUUGCUGAAACAUACUAUCUUUAAUGGUUUGUAUGCUGUCUACUCUUCUGAUAUGGAUUUGGUACUUAUUAGUAUGCUACUGAUUAGAUUUAACUGCACUGGAAAUAAAUAAACCAUGUUUAGAAGAAUGUGGCAUUCUUUCAUGUGAAUGUUUGGUUUUAUCCCUUGAGUUGUACUGGGAAAUUUACCUCAAAACAAAGAAUAUCUAUCCUGCAUUAUAAAAUUCACCCCGAUUGAAGCCAUUGGCUUAUGAGUCAAAUUAAUUCAGGAUUUUUCAAAUCUAGGCUCAAUGAAACUAUCAAUUCAAAGCUUAAUUUCUUGAAAUCAUGCUGUUUUACAGAUAUUUUGUACCUAAUAAUUCUUUAACUGAAGCGUAUAUGCUAAAUUUUAUACAAUUAAAAUGCAAAGAAGCUUAAAGGCUUAGUAUCAUCCCAUAUUAUUUAUUCUACGUUUAGAUUUUUGUAAUUGCUGUAAUAACAAAUUCCCUUUUUAUAAUAUUUUAUAAAUAAUAAGUAACAGCAAGAGAUCAUUGUUCGACAAACUUCAAUGGAAACAAAUAUUACUUUUCUAAGACAAUCUGGGCAUGUCUACAUGAGACGCAUAAUGCUCUGAAGACUAAUUUUACUGCUUAUUCUCAUGGCAGGCAAAAACCAUGCUAAUACACAGUAGGUGCCACAAAAAAAGUAUUCUUCUGAACCCAGCAGUCUUUCCUGCUCAAGUGCAGGGAGCUGGACCUGAUGAUCUCGUGAGGUCUCUUCCAGCCCCUAACAUCUAUGAAUCUGUGAAUUUGUGCUGAUGCACAGUAGCACUGAUUACGGUGCUGAACAUGCCAUAAUUGCAGUGCAUUAAUGAACGUGUAGAUGCAGCCAGAGUACCCAUUCUAACACUCACCUCAGUGUGAUAAGCUUUCUUUUUAAAAAAAAAAAAAAAAGUCCUCCUAUCCCUUUAAACACAUGUGCACACACACACACUUUUCUUUUCAGCAUUCAUAAUCAGUCUUUUAUUAUUGUUGUUGUUUUGUUUCUGGAUCUUACAUUUGUUAUUUAUGUUGAUUACAACACUGACAGUUAUUGUAUUUCCAGAUACCUUACACUGUAUGUACAUGCGAUUGUUCUAGGGGCUAAUUCUGUAUAUAUAAAGGGCUUAGUCUGUC